AUGCGGUCGGCGAUUUUUGACACAGAUUCUCGCCCCCGGUCCCCGUCGGGAUUCAAGGGGCCAUCCAGAUCAAGGCAACCGUCUCCAACUGUUUCCACAAAAUCCCACUUAAAACACAAACCUGACCCCGCCAAAGCCCGGCCCAAGCUGUCCCUUGCAGUGUCCAAGAGCAUAACAGUCAAUUGGAACUUGGACGAGAUGAUAUCUGCAUACCACGAAUAUAAAGCACUUCCGCCCAAAUUGUCUCCUUCUUUACCAACUUUCAACGACGACAAGGACGAAAUUAACGACCGUAUUCCCUCGAGACUGCUCUCACAGCCUUCUCCUGCACGCUUGGAAGCUGUCCCUUCGCCCACAAAGACAAAGAUCAAGUGGGUCAAUAAGUUAGACGAGUCCAAGCCAAAGUUCUUGCUACGCUUCCACUACAAUCUGGACAAGUAUAAACACAAAGCCAACCCGUCCAGUGCGGUGGGCUUGGGUAUUUCGUUGGAGAAGAAGAAGAGUACCCCGGUUCCCACAACCCCCAGAGCCAAUACCCCCAUGGUGGCUGUCAGCAGACCUAGCACUCCCGUGUCGAAACCAGUGUUCUCUAGAGCAAACACUCCCAGAGCUCCUGCCGCCGACCGAAGGCUAGCACAAGAAGCAGACGUUGACUACAUCAAAAUGAAAACGUACUGGAUUAAACUCGCCAAGGAGACCAAGUUCAUCUCCAAUAAUACCGAAGGAAUUCUUUCUUUAAUCAUCGAGCUCGACUCGUUGAUUUUGUAUGCGAUAUCAUACUAUUUCGAUGACAAGCUGAAAGAAAAGAUGAACAUCGCCCCGCUGGACAGAUACUGGAAAGUGUUGAUGGAGAGUAUCGACAGCACUAUCAACAAACUAAGAAGCUCGUAUUUGAACAAAAAGGAUUAUGAGGACAUAAAUAUCUACUUGAAGUGCUUGGUGGGAAUAUUACAUAAGUUAAGCACCAUCAUCUUGAAACGAAUCAACUCGAUCUAUGAAACCCUUGUGGCAGAUGAAGCAGAUGCUGCCAAAAAACUUACUUUACAGGCCAACAUCAUCACCAACUACAAGCAGGCAGACGACUUGGUGAAGAGAUCGGAAAGUGUGUGUCCCAACAUCGAGUUUUUCAUCAAGGUCAACUUCCAGGAGAUUUGGAACCGGCGGUGCAAAAGCUUUGGAGAAAUAUCUUCCACUAUGUUGCCCAUGAGUCAUAACUACUACCUUCCUUUGAACACAUACACUCAAUUGGGGGAAUUCAUGAGGUUUUUCUAUCAUUUAUUGAAUGCGUUCAUUAACAUCUACAACAAGAUCUAUAACGAAGACCUAAUUUAUAGUUUAAAGUCCGGCAUGCCUGGGCCCUAA